UAUGUUUUAUGAUAUAUUUUAAACAUGGCGAAUAAUAUUUUUAAUACGUUAUACCAAGCAUUUAAAACAUUUGAUCAAAUAAUUAAUAUUAUUUUAGGACGCAAUUUUCCAAAUAAUUUAUACGUGAUUGAAUGUAAUUCUAUAAAACAAGUACAAUCUAUUAAUUUUCCUGGGCAAUCUUUAAAAGAUAUAUUAAAUAAUACAAUUUUAUGGGCUGUACCUAAAAAACGGCGAACUAUCGAAAAACGUCUUUGUCGAAGAUUUGGUAUUCCUGAAUUACAUUGGAAACCCCAUGUUCCUAAAACUAAUAUCUUAAUGUGUAGAAAAUGUGGUCAUGAUUAUGAAGCUGGUACUCUUUGUGGAUAUUGUUAUGAAAUAGUUAAAAAAGAAACAGAAAUAAUGCAACAAGCUAUACAAGACUCGUUAGGAUUAAAACCUGUGGAACAAGAUGUUAUAGUAUUAUAUGAAGGAGAAAAAGAACAAUAUGAAGAUAAUUUUUGGAAGAAACAAAGGAUUGUAGAAUUACGUAAGAAAAGACCUGAUUGGUUCAAUCCAAAUUUACUUCAACGAACAACAAAAGAAGAAAUUGAUUCGAAGAAAGAAAAACUUAAACUGGAAUCUUCAGAAAAUAUUAAGAAUAAUUAAAUAGUUAUUUUAUUAAUAAACUCUGUUUAAAUUAAAUAAAUUUAAAUAAUAGAAAAAAGAGUUAU